AACAUGAGCUACGGUUUUGGCGGCAACGAUGGAUUCCCUCCCGGUGGGGGCGGUCCAGGAGGCCUCUUCGCUCACCUAAUGGGCAACAUCGGCGGGCGCCGUAGCGCUGCUCACAGCUACGAUGACUAUUUCAAGGCGUUCUCGGUGGCAACCAUGCCCCACGGACAUGAUCGCCCUCAACUCAUGUAUGGCGGCAAGAUCAUCAUGCCCCCCUCCGCGCUCGCGCGUCUCACGUCUCUCGAUAUCGAUGGGCCGUGGACCUUCUGCCUACGCAAUCCUCGGAACCCUCACAUCAACCAGACGCAUGCUGGUGUGCUGGAAUUUAUUGCCGACGAAGGGAUCGUGUACCUGCCGGCCUGGAUGAUGCAGACUUUGCAGUUGAACGAAGGCGACCCAGUGCGCCUCACUGGCGCGGAGCUGCCGAAGGGCAAGUUUGUCAAGAUUCAGGCGCAGUCUGUCGACUUCCUCCAGGUGUCGGACCCCAAGGCUGUGAGCAGCCUGGAGUCGGCCCUCCGCGCGUACUCUGCUCUCACCAAGGGUGACAUUAUCGAGAUCACCUACAACUCGCUCGUCUUCGAGUUCCUCGUAAUGGAGACGCAGCCUGAAGGGACUGGCAUAUCCAUCAUUGACACGGAUCUGGAAGUUGACUUUGCGCCGCCGAAGGGGUACGUUGAGCCAGAACGUAAGGCGCCAGCUCCACCCCCCACAAUGGCGGACAAGCUCAAGAUUGAUACGGCGUCGAUGGAGACUUCGCGCCCACAGUCUUCCCUAUCCAUCCGCACGUCGGGUUCAGGAGACAACGCUGUCGAAAGCUUUACUGGUGUCGGGCACAGCCUCAGCGGCAAGCGUGUCCGAGGAAAGGGCUUAGCAAAGAAGAUCGAGGAGGUGGACCCCGCCAGUAAAAUCAACCGCAACCUCGGGCCUCGCAUCAUCACACCCGACAACAUCGAAGGCGACCGCAAGGUUCCUGGGCCGCUCAUUUUGCCCGCGGGCAAGUUCUUCUUUGGCUUCAAGUACGUGCCCUUCGAUCCCAAGAAGGCGCCCAAGAAGCCGGAAGAGGGUGUCGUCGUUGCGCCGUCCCCAUUCCAAGGGCAGGGUAAUUCUCUGCGCAAGGGAGCUGUGAACAACGCCGCGGCUUCCGCAUCUGCUCCUUCUCCGACGAAGCCCGAGGACGACGACUCCAAGCCCGACCCAUGGGCAAACCUUGGUAGCGGAAACACUCUGAGCGGGCGCAAGCGCACAGCGGAGAAAUCAUCGGAACACAAGAUCACAUCUCCACAGCAGCAGGCGCGUGACGACGUUAUAGACGCAACGAUGCUGGAUGAGGACGACUUCAUGUUCGGAGAAGACUACGAUGACGACGAUUACAUUGAGGUUGACUCGGACUAGUCAUGGUGUCAACUGCCACCUAAUGACGGCUGGCGAGGGAUCUACGCGUACAUAAUGUAUAUGGGGGGCAUCCUCGGUGAGGGGCCCACGUCACAGCAUAGGAGAUGUCCAACAACCCGGGGCUCGUAUGCAUGUAACACUAGACUGUGACAAUAGUUUUGC